UAAAUCAGAGAUUAGUUGCGUUCGGAAUAUCAUGACGUUUGCAUGUCUUUCGCGCUCCGUCUGCGUGACUAAAUUUAAAUAAACUAGAUUUUAAUUACUUGAAUUGAGUGCUAAAUAUAAUUCAGAAACGAUAGUGAAAAUUAGACACGGUCUCGUACAGAUAAAGAAUCUAAGUUCAAGUUCAUGGUCGCCAUUCGAAUCUUCUGAAUGUGCACUGUCACUUGUCAACUUUUUGUCAACUUGUCAGAAUCAGUCGGUCACUCGAUGACGUUCGGUUCAAACGUGUGUUGAUAUAUCCGCCGGUUCGCGAGCAAUUCGCAUAAAAUUGCGUUUAUUCAAUUACAAAUUAUCUUAUUACACUGGUACGUUGGCUGUACGUGUAGCGGGGACAUGGCCGAACAUUGCCGGACACUGUGAUUCUUUGCCACUGUUGUAUAUUUAGAAAAAAAAGUUGCGAAACCGCGGGGAACCGCUGUGUUCGCAUUGUUUUGAUAAAUCAGUUUUCUGUGUUAAAGUUUAGAACAUUCUGGUGAACAUGAAGGGUCCACACGGGAAGGAGGAGACGUCUGAUGAGGAGUCAGGGCUAGGAUACCAGAAUACGUUGAUGUAUGGUCGCUAUCAACGCGACCUAAGCGAAGCGGCCAGAGAAGAAGCGAGAAGACUCAGAAGGCUACGGAAGAAGAGAAGAAAAGACGACAAGCUCCGACAGAAGGAGCUAGAAGCUAGCGGCAAACACAGACCUAGGGGGAAGUUCUUUAAAGUAUUAGGUUACAUAUGGAGGCACACGUUCGCUCGGCUGGGCGAGGACUGGGUGUUCCUCGCGCUGCUGGGCAUCAUCAUGGCGAUUGUCAACUUCGCCAUGGACCGGGGGAUCGCGGUCUGUCAGAAUGCACGCAUGUGGAUGUACAACGACCUAGCGACGUCUACGUUCAGUCAGUACGUGGCGUGGGUGUCGCUGCCAGUCUGCCUCAUACUCUUCGCGGCUGGCUUCGUGCACAUCGUGGCUGCCCAGAGCAUAGGUUCAGGUAUACCUGAAAUGAAGACGAUUCUCCGAGGAGUACAUUUAAAAGAAUAUUUGACGUAUAGAGCGAUGAUAUCGAAGAUCGUCGGUCUCACUGCCACGCUUGGGUCCGGUCUACCGCUGGGUAAAGAGGGCCCAUCAGUCCACAUAGCAUCAAUGGUAGCGACUCUUCUCUCCAAGCUGGUGACCACCUUCCAAGGCAUCUACAGCAACGAGUCCAGGACCAGUGAGAUGUUGGCUGCGGCUUGCGCUGUAGGUGUGGCCUCGUGUUUCGCAGCCCCUGUCGGAGGAGUGCUGUUUUCAAUAGAAGUAACGACGACGUACUUCGCGGUACGAAAUUAUUGGCGCGGAUUCUUCGCCGCGUGCUGUAGUGCUAUUAUGUUCCGUCUCCUAUCAGUAUGGUCCGGCGCGAUGCCGACAGUGAAGCCCCUGUUCCCGACCAACUUGCCGCAAGACUUCCCCUUCGACCCUCAGGAGUUUGCUGUCUUCGUACUUUUGGGAAUAGUGUCCGGUCUCCUAGCAGCUCUAUGGGUGUUCCUACAUAGACAAUAUGUGCUGUUCAUACGAAAUACGAAGUCACUCAGCAACUUCUUACAAAAGAAUCGCUUCAUCUACCCCGGCUUCAUAACUCUAGCGGUGAUGUCCAUACUGUUCCCGCCCGGCAUCGGCAAGUACAUGGCCGCUGAUCUUGGCAACCAGGAACAGGUACUCUCCCUGUUCUCCAACUUCACAUGGACGGACGAGCUGACGGCUGAACAAGCUUCAGUAGUGUCGCACUGGCAGACGCCUGAAGUGGAUCACUUCGGAUGUCUUAUUAUAUACUUCUUUUCUAUUUUCUUCCUAAGCCUGGUAUCGUGCACACUGCCAGUGCCAGCAGGUAUCUUCGUGCCGGCGUUCAAGAUGGGCGCCUCCCUGGGCCGCUUCACAGGCGAGGUGAUGCACUACUUCUGUCCGCUAGGAGUUGCUUAUGGAGGACAUAUACAGAAGAUAUUGCCCGGCGGCUACGCGGUGGUGGGUGCUGCGGCGUUCACAGGCGCCGUGACGCACACCGUGUCUACUAUUGUCAUCGUCAGCGAGAUGACCGGACAGGUAACACAUCUCCUACCAAUAAUGGCGGCGGUGCUAGCAGCCAACGCGACAGCCGCCCUACUGCAGCCAUCCUGCUUCGACAGCAUCAUACUCAUCAAGAAGCUGCCCUAUCUACCUGACCUUCUGUCUUCUGCUAGCCGUAUGUACGACAUUUGUGUGGAGGACUUCAUGGUGCGUGACGUCAAGUACAUCUGGAACAAGAUGAGCUUCCAGCAGCUCAAGGAUCUGCUCAAGGAGAAUAAGACAAUAAAAAGCUUCCCCCUAGUAGACAGUCCAUCCUCCAUGGUCCUCCUAGGCUCCAUCCACCGCUGGGAGCUGGUGAAGGUGAUCGAGAAGCAGGUGGGCCGCUCGCGCCGCCUGCAGGUGGCGGCGCUGUGGCAUCGCCAGGCCGAGCGGAAGAGGCAGCAUGAUGAGGCCAAGAGGCGCAGGAGACCUUCGAGGUUUGAGGUAACGCCAGCGCCGGACAUGCUACAAGUCCCGGGCGCGGGCGGAAUGACUCGUGGUACUUCGCUCACCACCAACGACCAGGGGGGACUCAUACCUGCUCCAGGCCAACUAUUCCGUCCAAAAUCAAUUCUGAAGAAGACGAACUCGUUCACCCUGACCCGCGGCCUGUCCUCCGGAACUGCUCCCAACACUCCCACCACGCCGCAGCCUUCUGUCUACACCACGGUCACUGGUGCUGAGACCAGGAUCCGAGCAGCCUUCGAAGCGAUCUUCAAGCGUUCCUCGCUGCUGCAAGACGUGGAAGGUGGACUCCCUGACCAGCUCAGCCCCACUUCGUUACCCAGGAGUCCUUCCAUCAACAAGAAAGUUCAACUGCCCCGCGAGCGAGUAUGCGACAUGUCCCCGGAGGACCAGAAGGCGUGGGAGCUGAUGGAGAUGGCCAAGGAGAUCGACUUCGACAGGAUGCUGCAGAUCGCCAGGAAACGAGAUAUGCACCCCGAUGACCCAGAAUAUGAGGAUGAGAACCUGUACAUCUGUCACAUUGACCCCGCGCCCUUCCAGCUUGUCGAGAGAACUUCGCUACUCAAGGUACACUCGCUGUUCUCGACCCUGGGGGUGAGCAGAGCGUAUGUGACGGCUAUCGGACGACUUAUAGGCGUCGUGUCACUCAAAGAGCUCCGCAAAGCAAUAGAAGACGUGAACUCAGGAGCCCUAACACUAGCCACCCGCCCAGAACCCCCCCGGGCCCCGCCCGCUAUACGCGUACCCGACACCCAGGCCGCCCCGCCCAGCGACUCUGAUACUGCCAAGCUGACCAUCACUGCUGACGACCAGUGACGAUAGAACGAUGAAAAUAUAGGAGAAAAAACAUCAAGGAAAAUGAGAAAAGUUGGAGAAAAAAUUGGAGUAUUUUGGUACCUGAAAAUGUCAGGUAAGGUCAAUAGGUAGAAUUAUGUGAAAUUGCUAGAAAUGCAGCAUAUUUUGUAGCCUGAAAAUAUUUUGAAGGUGUCAUCAGCGAGAAUAAAACUGGUUAAUAGAAAAUAAUUUUGAAGAAUUACAUCCAAGAUACAGUAUAUUUUGUUUCUAGUAAAAAGCAGUUAUAAAAGCAUAAAAGGUUAAAACCUAUUAUAUGUGUCGACUGCAAAGAUAUGCAGAGAUCUUUAAAAGUAUUUUCUUCUGCUGAAAAAGUCACGUCUAUGAUGUGAAACGAAACGUAUCAGUUUUAAAAAUAUCUAUUAUCGAAAGGACUCCCUAAAUAGUUCAAAGUCCUUAAACGUUAUUUAAAACAUCCUAGCUAAAUAAUUAAAUAAGACGGACAAAAAACUUUUGAACUAAAGUUUUUAAUACUUUGUUGUAGUUAGAAAAGACAGAUAAUACUAACAAAAUGCCAUAAAUAAGGCUAGAUAGAAGAUUAUUUAAGAACCCAAGAUUGGAAAUUCCUAAGAACUUCAAAUGGGAAAAUUCCCAUUAUAAAGUUCUUCAAGAACUUUUAGGUAGUGUAGUGUUUAGUAGUAAAUGUUUUACUGCGGAUUGCAAUAUUCGAUCCGUGUUUAUAGAUAACAUAAUUUAUAUGAAGCUAAUUCCAAAAUUUUAUCUCCAAUCGAAAAAAAAUAAAUGGAUCGGUUAUUGUAACCCGUAGUUAGAGAUUGAGAUUUAAAGCCAUGAAUGAAAAAUAAAGAAAAAAAGCUGUUCGUGUAUAGUUCCUUGAUAUAGUGAUUUUUAAAUUUAAAAAAAAUAUUCGGUGGCUUAUAAACAUCUGUGAUGGACUGAAAGUCGAAAUUAAUAUAUUAGAAAUUGCUCGUCCAAAGAUUAGAAAAAAUCGAAUGGGAAUUUUCCCAAAACUGAGUUCUUACUCGAAAAAGUCCUAAAAAAAAGAAUAAAUAGAGAAUUAUUCUCACUAUGCAUAAUCUAAGACUUGUCAAGCGAAGACAUAUCGAUGUGAUUAUUUUACAUUAUUACGUAAAAAGCUAAAUAAUCAAAAAAAAUCGUCACAAUUACGUAAACUUUUUUGUCGUUUUAAGUAGGUGUAUUUUUGAUAGAUAUUUUUGAUGUAUGUAUAUGGUGCUUCCGAAAAGAGAUUAGUAGUGUACUGUUAUGAAAGAAAUUAGAUAUAAACAAAUAUCCUCGCGUACCGUAAAAAUGCGUACAACCGAGCAAUUUUCAAAGCGAGCAAUAUUUAUUAUAGUAUAUAAUUCAUAAAUGGUAUUUUAUUAACGACUGCCAAUUAACGUAAUUUUUCGUAAAGUCGCGUUGAUCGGUAAAAUUGCUCGCGUGUACGCAUUGUACGCAUUGCUCGGCGGUACGCGUUUCAAUAAAGCAAUAAUACUCUAAGUACAUUGCUUCAAGUUUAGUGCCUUAGAUUUUCGAUAUUUUUUUUUAUGUACAGGCUGUUGUUUCUUGUUUUCACAUUUUGAAAAAAUAAAUCGUUGACAGAUAUUUUAUACAAUUUAUUGAAAUAUUAUUUCCUCGUUUUUUUUUACCGAACAUACAAAGUGUGGAUUUGUGUUAUAGUUUUUUGGCGAAAAUCAUGUGAAAAUUAUUAAAAUAGAACAAUAUACUUGUAUUUCGAUUAAAUUAUUAACUGUAUUAUAAUAUAAUCUGCCUAGCCUGUACAUUAAACCAAAUUUAGUGAACCCCAAGGCUUGUGAUUGUUCAUUCAUUCCAAAAGUGUUGUUUCUUAGUAUUAAGAGAUAAUUAUAGAUAUAUCUUUAUUCCCUAGGAGUCUAAUACAUUUGUGUCCAGCCUAACAGAUUAAAAAAAACUGGGUUUUUAUUUGAUAAUACAUAAAAGAUACAAAUAUGUUAAAAGUCACUACUAACCGGCCCGACUAAAACUUUUCUGUCUGAUAAUUCCAAAAAAUAUGCCCUUACAAAAAACAGUAUUUUUGAUAUAGGAAAUGUAAGAAAAAUGAGGCUAUAAAAGAAUGUGAAUCAUCAAAUAAAAACUCAGUAACAAUGUGCCAUUUGAAAAAUGAAAAUAGCAAAAAGUGCCAUAGUAUGAUUGGCCGAAUGCUAUUAAUAUUCUUUGGUAUUCACUAUCAUUGUAUCAAAUACGAGCUUUUAUCAGUAAGAAGUUAUUUUGAAAAAAAAAACAGAGUAAUAAUACCGAUAACCGAAUAAUUUUCAUUUGUUCGAAUCGCCGAUCUGACAAAAGUACACGGCUGCUUAUGGUUUGGUUAUCGUUGUAGUUAAAUGGUGCAACUCACUCUUAACAAAGUCACGUUAAAUUGAGAGGAUUAAAUAUCGAUUAAAAUAAAUUGGGAGAAAAACUAUUCGAUUCGACAACUCCAAUAUGAAUCGAUAUCAUUCGAAUGAUUUUUCUAUCUGUUUGGUAUCAAUUUGUACCUACUGUGAUAGUGAAUAACCUUCCCUCACUCAAUACCAAUGUCUCGUAUAUUUGUAAUGAAAUAAAUAAUAAUAAAUGGUUGUAAACAAACAUAUCUAGUUCGUCCGUCCUAAGGAUUUAAUAAAAAAAAAACUAAAAUGAUAUAAAAAAAGUAUUUUGUGAAGAGACAUUAUUGUAGAACUCUGCAACUGCUACUGAUUGUUAAGGAACCAUUUUUUAAGUAAUUAUAAUUUUUGUAAUCACGUUUUGAUAAUGUUGCCUGUUACUCCAUUUUGGACCCAUCAUUUCAUAUUCAGCUCAUUUUGCCAAUUUUGUAACACAUUAAUUGAUGAUAAAUGAAAGUAUGAUGAACCUAUAUAAUGUAUUAAUACAUGGAAUCAUGAAUGAUCUACCUACAUAAGAAGGCGAAAUGUUGUACCUCUGUUAACACCACGUCUAAAUAAUGUAAAAACAUGAGGAUUAUAUUAAUAACAAGACUAGCUAAUCAAUCUUUAAAAAUAUCACCCUUCUUUGUUUGGCUCAGUUGAAUAAAAUCCAUUAUUAAAAUAAGCAACUAAUAUAAAAAUAAUUUCAAAGCAAUCGUUAUCAGUUGCAAGUUAGUUGUAGACUCCAUAACAUUUGGACAUGCUUGUAUCCUCAAAUUCUGUGAUUUUUAUAAUUAUUAUUAUUUAAUAUAAUAUACAAGAAAUCGAGAGUGUUGUCUGGUCACCCUCUUUAUUUAAUUUAUGUUUAUUUUCUGAUCUGGUCAAGUAUUUUGGAAAAA